AUCGCCGCCCCUGACCCGUCGCGCAGCCUCCAACGUGUCGCCCAACCACCGACCGGUCGUCGCAGCCGUCUCCGCGUCACCAGGACCUCCGUGUAGUCGCCGCUGCCGCCUCCUCGUCGCUGCUCCGGUCACUUCCGCCACCUCCGACUCCUCCUCAAAUUUCGAACAAGGUAUGGAUGGCAAUACAGAUACAGAUGAUUAUCAACUAUCAUCACAAUCUGAUUCAGACUCUGAUUCAGAUGAGGAGCAAUUUGUGGUGUUAUUGACCAUUCAUGCAUUUAUGAAGUUUAAUGGAUCUUUUAUGGAGCAGCCUCGAUCACAAAGGAUUUCAAAAUUAAGUGGGCAUGAUUGGGUGAUUGAGGUUCUAGGUGGUCACCCGGGUACUUGUUUUGACCUCUUCCGAAUGAAAAAAGAAGCAUUUAUUAACCUUUGUGAAGAGUUAAAGAGAAUCGGAAAAUUAAAACAUUCUAGAAACGUGACGAUUCAAGAACAAGUAGCAAUCUUUUUAUUUGUGCUUUCUCAUAAUGAGCGCCAACGUAUGGUCGCGGAUCGUUUUCAGCACUCACUAGAGACCAUCUCUACAUAUUUUAAGAGGGUCCUUUAUGCAAUUUGCUCUCUAACCAAAUAUGUGAUCGUCCCUCCAUCAUACGAUGCAACUCCACCAGAGAUAUCAUAUACCACAAAGUAUUAUCCUUAUUUCAAGGGGCUAUAGAUGGAACUCAUGUUUCAGCUUGUGUGCGGCAAGAUAGUCAAGUUCCAUAUCGUGGAAAAAAAAUUGUGCCGACAAUGAAUAUGAUGUGCGCUUGUUCUUUUGAUAUGCGGUUCACAUUUGUUAUGAGUGGAUGAGAAGGAAGUGCAAAUGAUUCAAGAAUUUUCUUAGAGUGCAUUAGCAAUCCCGCAAACAAAUUCCCUAUGCCCCCUACAAGAAAGUAUUAUUUGGUUGACUCUGGAUAUACCAAUAUGCCGGGUUUUCUUUCAUCGUAUCGUGGUGAGCGAUAUCAUUUGAAUGAUUAUCGAGGGCAGAAUCUUCCACCGCAAGGUACUAGAGAACUAUUCAAUUACUUGCAUUCGUCAUUAAGGAAUGUUAUAGAACGAUGCUUUGGGGUAUUGAAAAAAAGAUUUCCAGUUUUAAGAGAUAUGCCUUCAUAUAGUUUGAGAAAACAAAAAUAUAUAGCAUUAGCAUGUUGCGUUAUUCACAACGUGAUUCGAAUGCAUGAUUCUGGAGAUCCAUUAUUUAUCGAGUUUGAAAAUGAAGAUGUGGAGCUUGAAGAAGAUGACAUGACUGCACAAGAACAACAAACCAUACCGGUCAAUGUCGGCCCAGAGCACCUUCGUGAGAUGUCAAGGUUUUCGAGAUCGUUUGGCCCAAAGGAUGUGGAACGAUCGUGGUGCGUAAUACCGGGAUGUGUUUUGAAAUUAAUGUAUAUUAUAUUGUAAUGUCACUAAAAUACAUUUUGAGCCUAAUGUAUAUAUAUUAUCAAUGUUA